AUGCCUCCACGGAGCAGAGAGACGGCACAGGCCAUUCAGCAACUGCUGCUCCCUGCGCAUCGGCAACUGCGCCCUUCCUCAUUGUCGCAACAGCAGCAAUCUCUAUGCUUCCAAUGCCAGACCCGACUACUUCGGUCCUACGUACCUAGACGGAUACUCCCAGUGAGAGUGCCAACACAAGCACGUCAAGUCCCCGCUCGAACACUCUCGACCUCGACAUCCCUGCUCAAGAAGUCGUCGGGCUCGUCCAAAUCGUCGCGAAAAUCCCCCUCGGUCGACUCCCUCCGGCACAAGGACGACGUGCACAUCCCGGACAACAAAGCCACGCGCAACCGCGACAGUGAGAUUGACCCGUACGACUUCUCCGAGCUCGAGGCGGCGAUCGCAAAGGCUGUGGCGCGCCUCAAGGAGGCGCUGGUCAAGACCAAGGACGCCGGCAGGGUCACGCCGGAGAUGAUCGAGGCAUUGCCCGUGGAGAUCAACGUCAAAGGGGCGGAGACGGGGAGAGGGAGCCCGCACAAGGAAAAAGUCAAGGUCGGGGAUCUGGCCAGUGUGGUUGCAAAGGGUGGGAGGAGUGUGCAGAUAUUCUGCGCCGAGGAAUCUCACGUCAAACCAAUCGCAUCAGCCCUCCUCGCAAGCCCGUACAGUCUCGUCCCGCAGACGACCGCUCCACACACCCCAGGCACGACCUCAGUCUCCCAGUCGAACCCGCCGACCGCCUCUAACCCCUUGCUGAUCACGGUACCCGUUCCGCCCAUCACGGCGGAGACGCGCAACCUCGCGCGUGCCGAGGCCAAGAAGAUGUUCGACCGGGCGUCCCAGGACGUUCGCAACGCGAGGGGCGACGCGCAAAAGCGGUUCCGGAAGAUGGAGCUGGGGAAGCUGGUCAUCCAGGACGAACUGCGCAAGGCGCACAAGCAGAUGGAGGAGGUGGUGAAGAAGGGUCAGGACGAGGUCAAGAAGGUCUACGAGGCGAGCUUGAAGGCUUUGGAGGGGUGA